CAGAUUAUGAAGUAAUCCAUCUCACAGACAAAAGUAACAUAAUAAUAAAUGAAUAAUAUACUGUAGAAAUCUUGAAGAUGGCUAGAGUGAAUCCGGAUACCUCUCAACUACCUGAUGAUCACAAGACAAAUUUUGAUCAUGACAGAAAACAAAGUUAUGUACGCCGUGGCGGUUCACGUGGCCGUGGACGUGGUGGACGUGGUGGUGAUCAGAACGACAGGUGCUGUUAUCGGUGUAAUCUUCCUGGUCAUUUUGCUCGUGACUGCGCGAUGCCUGAUCCUCGUACUAGUACUAGUAGUAAUAGUAACUAUGCCCUUUCCUGGAGGUCAAACCAAGCUUCUGUUAACAAUUCAUCAAAAGUUGAUACCAUAGAAUUUGCAUCUGCGACACCCAAGUUUAGUGAAUUGCCUUCAAAGAAUGUUGAUUUGAGUCCAUUACUAGCAAAUAAAGACAAAGAACUACAAUUGUGUCGCCAAGAAAUUGAAAGUCUGAAAACUCGACUGAACAAAGCUACUACAGAGUUGGAUUCUGUUCAAGAUAAGAAUAAGAACAUGGUUCUAAACAUGAACAAGCUUCAAGAGGAUUUGGAAAAAUGCAGAGAGGAGCUAUCAUGUGAGAGUAAAAAGACUGAGGAGAUGAGGUUGAAGUGGUUUUAUUUGGAGGAUGAGUUUGCAGAUGCUAAAGCUAAGUGGAUUGAGAGAUUAGCCGAAGUUGAUGAAGCAUAUAUGACUGCAGUUUCUGACAAGAUGGAGUUAGCUCUAGAGAUGGAUCAAUGGAGGAAAUCAGCAAAGGCUGUAGCUUCGGUAUUUGUUGGAGGUGCAGAUGUAUGUUCUAAGACACCAGAAUUUGAACCUCUUGUCUUGAUUUACAGUAAUCGUGCUGCUAAAAGGAUGUCACUUGGAAAGAUAAGGAAAGCUAUAGAUGACUGCAGAAUUGCAACUCGAUUAGAUCCAGAAUUUCCUAAAGUCUAUCUAACAGCUGGAAAUUGCCAUUUGGUUCUUGGAGAAACUGAUGAUGCACUGAAAAGUUACAAACAGUACUUGGACUCCGGAGUGGUUUUCCUGGAUAGAAGGCUUACAAUUGAGGCGUCUGAUGGCCUACAAAAUGCCGAGAAAGUGGUUAGUUAUAUUAACCGGUCUGCUGAACUUUUGAAAGAUAAAACUAUCGAUUCAGCAACUAAUGCAUUGGAGGUUAUUACGGAAGCCUUAUCAAUAAGCUGCUAUUCAGAGAAACUGCUUGAGAUGAAAGGGGAAGCUCUCUUUAUGCUGCAUAAAUAUGAAAAGGUUGUUGAAAUGUGUGAGCAAACACUAGUUUUUGCUGAAAACAAUUAUAAUCACAUGUCAGAUGAGGAUCAAAAGCAACAAUUGAAGCUUUGGAGAUGGAGCCUGAUGUCUAGGUCCUACUUUUGUAUGGCUAAGUUUGACUUGGCUCUUUCUAUUCUUGAGAAAUAUGAGCAACUAGCACCUUUGGAAACCAAGAACGAGGGACCAUCUUCUCUUUCAGCUGCCUCUCUCCGUGAACUUCUUCGCUGUAAGAAUGCAGGAAAUGAAGCUUAUAAAGGUGGGAAGUAUAGAGAAGCAGUGGAGCAUUAUAGCAAUUCUAUAAGGCGAAGUAUUGAAUCGAGGCCUUUUACUGCUAUCUGCUUGUGCAAUCGUGCUGCUGCAUACCAAGCUUUGGGUGAGGUCAUGGAUGCUAUUGCAGAUUGCAAUCUUGCUAUAGCUCUUGACGGGGAUUACAUGAAGGCAAUUUCUAGGAGGGCCAAUUUACAUGAGAAGAUUAGAGACUAUGUACAUGCAGCCCUUGAUUUUCAAAGGCUGAUAUCUCUUCUUGAAAAGCAGAGUGAAAAGAAGCAUGUGGAAGACUUAACAGUAGCUCGUCGGCGUCUUUCUUCAGUGAAUAGAAAUAUGAAGCAAGGACUGACAUUGGACCUCUACCUCAUCUUGGGGCUGAAAGGGUCGGAAUCUGGUGCAGAAAUUAAAAAAGCAUACCAUAAAGCUGCGCUUAAACAUCACCCAGACAAGGCGGGUAAGUUUCUAGUAAGAAAUGAGGGUAGUAGAGCAGAUGGCGUUGUUUGGAAAGAGAUUUUCACAACCAUCCACGAGGAUGCGGACAAGCUUUUUAAGAUAAUUGGGGAAGCAUAUGCUGUACUAUCGGACCCUAACAAGAGGUUUAAGUAUAAUCUUGAAGAUGCAAUGAAGGAUGACUGUGCGUGGUAACUUCUAAUUCAAUUCAUACAUUGCCAUUUUAUGCAUUAUAUGGUCGAGUGGUUUCAAGUUCUGCAUGAGGAAGAAGGACGAUUCUCACCAGUUGAGACCUUAGAAUGCCAUGAUAUGCCUUUUUCGCAAAUUAACAUGAAAUCGGUUUUCUCUGUCUGAUGUUUGUAUUCACGGGUACAAGGGCGGAUAAUUUUGUAUAGUUCUUUCUUUUUUGUUGUUUCUAAAAACAAAACUUUUAAUUAAAUGUAUAUCUAAGGUUAUUUUCUUUCGUUGUCA